AAGAAGAAGAAGAAGAAGCAGCAGCAGAAGAAGAAGAAGGUGGUGGUGUGUACGUCACACGGAGAGCUCGUGAUGGCGGUUGAUUUGACUCCGCGUUUUAGAAGGUUGAACAGCCAAACGAAGAGUUUUCGUGAAAAUAUACAGCAUGGUUUCUCGGGGCCCUUUGGUGCCACCCAGCUGUGGCACAACAUCAUCCAGGCCCUGCAAACCCAGGUGGAGGUGCGUCGCUGUAGAAGGCAUCUACGCGUUCAUGCCGAAUGUUUCACAGGCUCUGACGCUGUGGAUGCUGUCCUCAGUUAUUUGAUGCAGAAUGUGGUGUUUUGCACAAGUGAAGUGUCUCGCCUCAAAGCUGCUCGACUCUGCCAGGCUCUGAUGGAGGCCAAGGUGUUCGAACCAGUGGGUACGAAGCUGUUUUGCAGAGACAAAGAAGUGGCUUUUGAGGACAGCAGCUGCAGCCUUUACCGUUUCCUGGAAUAUAAAGUGUUAGCCAAUUCUGCCUUAAAGGAGUCCGAUUGCCAGAGUGACACAGAAAACAUGCCACCAGAGGAACAGGGGCUAAAGAGGAAGAAGAGCUCCAGGAGGCUGAAUGAAAUGAGGACAAUAUCUAAUCCUCUUGCUGUUGGACCAUCAGACAGGAGAGUUGAGAGGCUGUUGAGGACCAUCAACCUGCGACCAACCUUCUCUCUAGCUUUAAACACUACCCCCAUUACUUCUGCCAUUUUGUCAAAAACUGUGGUUGCUGAGGUUUGGAAGCAGCAGACACUCCUGCAGCUGCUGCAGAUAGUGGAGCUGCCAAUGCUGGACUGUAUCCUGACUUCUCCUGCCAGGGUUCAGCUCCGUGCCUGCAGAGCUCCUCUGGCCACCCAGGACCUGGUUAUCUCUAACACAUGUCUGGAGAGAGAGCUGCCCAACACCUUAAAUCUGCUCCAGUUGGAUGGGUGGCUGUUGGCAGCGGCAGACUGCUUGGAGCUCUUUCCCGACCAGCUGAUUGUGGUUGCAGGGGAACAGCUCAGCCAACAAGGUGGAAAUGCAUAUUCAGAAGAUGAGCAGGCAGAGCAGAUGGCAAGUCAAAAGAGACUGCUCUUUGACACCAUUGCCAAGUACUACAGUGGACAGGAAAAAGCUCCGCUGCUCUCAGGACGCCACCUUGACAUACAUGCUGCAAUUCUGAAUUUGCUGGAUAAAGAUAAGUUGCAGGAUGCCAUCAAAGCAUCUCAGUUGUGUUUUCGACUGCUGGAGACAAGUGUGAGAGAUGAACUCAGGAGACUGCUGGCCUUCAUGGCCACAGCAGCUCGCCCAGAUGCUUGCCGUCUUCAAAAACAGAUUGAUAACAGGGCCUUGGUCAGCCGCACUUUUCAGAGAGCAAUUGUCCAGAAUCAUGAACUGACUCGAUCCCAAAGUGAAACCCUGGUGCUGUUUCUCAUGGACAAAUGCACUGAGCUCUUCAAGACUCCUAUGUCCCUUAUUGAAGCUGUGAGGAGAACACUGAGGACUAUGCAGCAGGGAAAAGACCCUGACUCAUGUGCCACGUUCACCUUCUGCCAACAGGUGACGCCACAGGAGUACGAGGACCAGCGAGAGGCUACCACCCUGGAGAGCCUCAAACAGCUUCUUCAUGACAUUUCCUCCAGCAAAACCAUACCUGUCAAGGAGAGGAGGAGGCUGCUCAAAGAGUUUGAAAAACAUCACCCCGUGGUCUUCUUCCAGCAUUUAUCCAGCACCUUCUGAAACGUACAACUCAAGGUUUAUUUUACAACUGAAAAGCUAGUUUACAGCGCUUACACUGAAGAAUGAUAAUUUAAUGCGCAUCAUGGGUCAAAUUUAAGGAUAGACACCUAUAGCAUGACAUUAACAUUCCUUUAAGUCACAAGAGGCCUACAAUAGUUGAGGUUUUAUUUGUAUUGUAGAUUUACCAUUAAGUCGGUCUUAUUACAGCCCUGUAGCACUGGAUGCAUUGUCUAUGGGAUCGACAUUUUAUUUUGAUGAAGCCUUUUGAACUCUGUCCAAGUCCUAGGUUUGAAUGGUUAUUUUUAUUUUUUUAAGAUUAUUUUUUGGGCAUUUUUCGGCCUUUAUUUGACAGGACAGCUUAAGUUGUGAAAGGGGAGAGAGAGGGGGAGUGACAUGCAGCAAAGGGCCGCAGGCCGGAUUCGAACCCCGUCCGGCUGCGUCGAGGAGUAAGCCUCUAUACAUGGGCAUCCGCACAGACCACUGCGCUAUCUGGAUGCCCCGCAGUAGGUUAUCAAUAAUGAAAUAGCAAUUUGUAAUAAUUUUACAUUAAUGACACUGAUUUGAUGUUAAAGAGAUGAAUAAUGUUAAUAAAGGGCAUUAGCUUUUGUGCACUAGAUUGUCCUAGAAUUGCUGUAGAAGACAGUAUAUGCAAAGUAAAAGGGAUUACUGAAAAAAAACUACUUGCGUUUAAUCAGCCAUUUAGCCAGCUGUUGUGAGGCUGCAAUUGUGCACUAAUUGAUGUAUUGCUUGGUCCAGGUAUUGAUACUGUAUUUGGAUAAACGUAUGUGUUAUCAUUACGAUUUAUUAAAGUUAGGCUGAUUUUAGCUUUGGUAAUGGAAGUGCGGUUUGCAGAAGUAAUGCUGUGCCCGUUGAUCAGGCAUUAAUAUUUCUACAUGACAACUGAAGACAUUAUGGCGGCCUUUUUGUUUUCAGUUUUACUGAAUUAUACUGUAGUACGAUAGUAAGGAAAAUUACUGGUAAACGCAACACUAAUGUAGCUGAAUAAUGUUUAAUUCUAACUUUACUCUGUUAAAGAUGAAGGCAUAUUUUUCUCUGAUUUGUAAAAUUUAGACUAAUAUGAAAUGAAAGCAAUAAGGGUACAAUAAUAUAUUAGGCUAACCAUAGCUCAGGUAAAUAUUAUUUUUAAUUUUCAGGGGCUUUAAGCUUGUUUUUAGUGCCAUAUCUUGGUCAAAUAUCUUAAUUUUAACUUUUUAGGAUUUUACUUGAAAAAUGGACAUGAUUCUUUUAACGAAAGAUGUGAUGAAUAAUAACUUAAUAUUGUUUUAGGCUACUAAUUUAAUCUUUGGUUAAGCAUGAUGCCUCAGUUGGAUUGUAUUUUGUUUUGUGAAGCCAUGGCAAUGUAAUAGUAAUUUACAGUCAAAUCUCAUUAAGUCAGCAUCUUUUGUUCUUCACAUACACUGAAAUCAUGUUAGAUUGCACUUUAUGAUGCUGAAAUGUCUAAUAAAGUUUGCAUU